UCGCGGGGCGGUGACGCAGCGGCGGCGGGAGCUGGGGCCGCGCGCUCUCCCCGGGGCGGCGGGGAGCGGGCGGACGGGCGGGCGGGCGCGCGGCCUGGCCCACGCUGCGUCCUCGGCGGAGGCGGUGCCGCUGCCGGCCGUCCCCUCUCCGGGGCCCCGACAGGCGAGCCCGGCGGCGCGCGCUGGGGGCAUGGCCAGCGUCCCGCAGCUGGUGGACGAGCUGUGCGAGGCCCUGCUGCCGGCCGCGGAGGCUCCCUCGGGCCGGCGCCGCGGGGGCCGCAGGGGGGCCAAGCGGAGCCUCCGGAGGGUGGCCUACGACGCGCUCUUCUCCAGCCUCUUUCAGGAGCAGGGCCGCAGGCUGCAGCCCGGCCCCCCGAGGCUGCCGGUGAGAAACAGGCUCCUCAUGCUGUCCUUCGACUUGCGGGUGGGCGGCCUGCGCGCCGAGGCCGAGCGCCUGGAGGAGCUGCUGGAGGAGCUGGAGGCGGCGCCUCGCCGGCCGCCGGCGGAGCUGGGCGCCGUGCUGGACCUGCUGGUGCGGCUGGCGGGCAGCGGGCCCCCGCGAGUGCCGCGGCGCCGGCGGAGCUUCUUCCCGCACGGCCGGCCCGUCGGGAGACGCGUGCCCUACGGCGGCUACGACUGCGCCCACCUGAGCGGGCUGGAGGCGGACGUGCGGUCGCUCAUCUCCGGAGAGGAGUGUCUGUGUCGGGACCUGGUCCGGAAGACGCUGCAGGUGAUGGAGGCGGCGCCGGGCACUGGCCUGCCGGCCGUCGGGCUCUUCUCGUACGGCGACCCCUGCGAGGACAGGUUUGAGAGGGACACCCGCGUCUCGCUCUUCGGAGCCUUGGUGCACAGCCGCACGGCCGACCUGGACGUCCGCCUGGACCUGCCCCCGGUGCCGGACAGCGCAGACCUCUCCGGACUGGCCAUUAAGGUCCCUCCCAGUGUGGAUCAGUCGGAAGACGAAGGGUUCCAGUCCGCAUCCAACCUGACUCCUGAUUCCCAGUCUGAGCCGGGCGUGACUCCAGACGUUGACCUGUGGGACGCUGUGCUCACCUAUGAGGCCAGCAAGCGGAGGUGCUGGGAGCAAGUUGGAUGCCCCCCCGGCCACCGAGAGGAACCCUACCUCACCGAGGCAGGAAGGGACGCGUUCGACAGGUUCUGCCGGCUCCGCCAAGGGGAGCUGCAGGUGCUGGGCGGGGGCCUCCUGCAGGCCCCGCAGCCCGUCCUGGUGAGGGAGUGCGAGCUGGUGAAGGAUGCACUCAACGUCCUGAUUGGGGUCGUGUCCGCCACGUUUUCCCUCUGCCAGCCAGCUCAGGCCUUCACGGUGCCGCGGGGCCUGCACGUCUCGGGAGCGUCGCCUGAGAGUGUCCGCAGCCUCCUCUCAGAGGUGGCCGAGUGCGGGACCCACUAUGCGCGCUUGAGCCGCUUCUCUCUGCAGCCUGCGCAGGGCUCCUCGUGCAGCAGGGGCCUCGUGUUCCAGGCCUUCACCAGCGGCCUGAGGAGGUACCUGCAGUACUACCGGGCUUGCGUGCUCUCUACCCCGCCCACCCUCAGCCUCCUCACCAUCGGCUUCCUCUUCAAGAAGCUGGGCCGGCAGCUCAGGUACCUGGCUGAGCUCUGCGGUGUGGGCACUGGUGGAGGAGAGCCUAGGGCUGCGUUCCCCACGGGGGUGAAGCUGCUCUCCUACCUCUACCAGGAGGCCCUGCAUAACUGCAGCAACGAGCACUACCCGGUCCUGCUGUCUCUGCUGAAGACCAGCUGCGAGCCCUACACGCGGUUCAUCCACGACUGGGUGUACAGCGGGGUCUUCAGGGACGCUUACGGCGAGUUCAUGAUCCAGGUGAACCACGAGUACUUGGGCUGCAGAGAUAAGUUUUACUGGACCCACGGCUACGUGCUCAUCUCCAAAGAGGUGGAGGACUGCGUGCCCGUGUUCCUGAAGCACGUCGCCCACGACGUGUACGUCUGCGGGAAGACCAUCAACCUGCUGCGGCUCUGCUGCCCGCGGCAUUACCUGUGCUGCUCCGACAUCCCGGUCCCUCGCAUCUCCGUGGUCUUCUCCCUCGAGGAGCUGAAGAACAUUGAGAAGGACUGUGCCACCUACGUGGGCCGCGUGGAGAGCGUGGCACGCCACAGCUGCAUCAGCAGAGAGGAGAAGGAAUUACGAAUGGAAAUCGCAAAACAGGAAUUAAUUGUCCAGGCCCGGGAAGCGGCGUCCAGGGUGCUGAGCGCACUCAGCGAUCGGCAGGUGUCUGAGCGGGCGGCGUUGGAUGCCCAAAAGCGAGAGCAGUUUCAGAGGCUGAAGGAGCAGUUUGUGAAGGACCAGGAGCGACGCCGGGCGGCCAGGCAGGAGGAGCUGGACGACGACUUCAGCUACGCCCGCGAGCUCCGGGACCGGGAGAGGAGGCUGAAGGCCCUGGAGGAGCAGCUGGAGAAGAAGGCCAGGCAGGCGCUGGUGGAUCAUUACAGCAGGCUGUCUGCAGAGGCAACGCGUCGUGAGCAGAAGGCGCUGUGGAUGGUGCAGAGGCGCAGGCUGGCCGGCGCCCGGCGGCGCUUUCUCUUAGAGGAUGAGAAACGCGUGCAGGCGAUGCUGGAAGACGUGGCUGAGGGGAAGCCCCUAGAGCCGCCAGCCUUCCUCCCUGGUGCCCGUGCCCAGGCCUCCUUUCCAGGCCCCGAGUGCCCAGAUGCCGCCGGCAGCUGUGAGUCUGGGCGUGCAGAGCGGCUCGAGGCUGCCCGUGGCGACCCUGACACGCGGAGCCUGCCGACGCCCCAGCCCCUCGCGUCUGCAGCAGCGGGGGCCUGCAGCUCGGGGCCAGGAGCAGGCCCACUGUCGGGGCCGUUCUCUGCGGGCCUCAGCAUCGGAGACUUCCUGCCCGUGGCCCAGGGCGCUGAGCAGCCUGUGCUCACCAGCUCGGCCCCCAUCCUGGAGGAGGCACUGCAGACCAUUGGCUCGGACGCACCUCCCUUGGCUCCGUCCUCAGCAGGGGCCACAGGGCCCUCUGGGCCACAGGAGUAUGAUUUCAGAACCAUCCUGAGGCCAGCUGUGGCCACCCCAGCGUCCCCAGGGUCCCUCCAGGCUGCAGGAGGUGGCUUGGGCAGCAGGGGGCAGCUGUUGUGGGAGGACACUCACAUGCGGCUGGACACGUGUGUCCCGGAUGGACAGGUGGCUUUACCUCCCCUGCACCCCCCCCAGCACCCCUCCCCCCAGGAGAGCAGCCAGGCCACAGGGCAGCCCCUCGGGCACGUGGCUGAGCCUGCAGAGGGUUACGCCUCCUCCCGGCGACGGCCGCGGUGGAACAUCCAUGGACACGUGUCGGACGCCAGCAUCAGGGUUGGGGAGAACGUUUGGGACGUGGUCCCCUCCCGGCCACGGUGGAACAUCCACGGACACGUGUCUGACGCCAACAUCAGGGUUGGGGAGAACGUGUGGGACGUGGCCCCCUCCCAGCCACGGUGGAACGUCCACGGGCAUGUGUCUCAGUCCAGUGUGAUGCUGGGGGUGCUCUCGGGGGAAGCCGAGCCCCAUGUGCCCAGGUCCUCCUGGGUGCCCCCUGACCACGGGUCCCAGUCAGGCCUCUGCUCGGGAGCCGAGAGCACUACCCAGGAACGUGAGCCGCGGCCACCUGCAGAGGCGUCCUCAGGCGGCUGCAGCACACAGGUGGCUGGACCUGGCUCUGGUCUUGGGGAGGAGAGUGGACCCCGGGCCGAGCUGUCCGCAGAGGCUGCACCCGCUGCUCGGGGAGACGGCACCCCUGUGGGGCCAGGCCUGGGGACGAGUGCGGACUCCAAGGACCACUCUCCAAGUCACCCUCCAAGCCCACAGGAGGGCGUGGACACCCGGAGCAGCCCCAGCCCUGGCGAGGAGGCGGCCCAGCGCUGGGACAGGGAGCAGGCCUACCUGGCGGGCCUGGCGGGGCAGUACCGCCUGGAGCAGUACCCAGACAGCUACGAGGCCAUGUCAGAGCCUCCUGUUGCCCGCCUCCUGCACCACGGGCUGCCCCGAGCCUUCGCCCUCCCCGAGGACCCGGGGGUCCAGUCAGACGCAGACGAGAGCGCAGUGCAGCUGAGCGAGCAGCUCCCGCUGCCCGUGCUCAUGAAGCACUCCCUCUCCGCCCCGCUGGCCGCCCACGUCUCCCUGGUGAACAAGGCCGCGGUCGACUACUUCUUCGUGGAGCUGCAGCUCGGGGCGCACUUCGAGGCGCUGCGGCACUUUCUGCUGAUGGAGGAUGGGGAGUUUGCGCAGUCCCUCAGCGACCUGCUCUUUGAGAAGCUCGGGGCGGGGCAGACGCCCGGGGAGCUCCUCAGCCCGCUGGUGCUGAACUCCGUGCUGAGCAAGGCCCUGCAGUACAGCCUGCACGGCGACAGCCCGCAGGCCGCCAACCUCUCCUUCGCUCUCAAGUUCCUGCCCGAGACGUUUGCCCCCAACGCCCCAGAUGUGCUGAGCUGCCUGGAGCUCAGGUACAAGGUCGACUGGCCUCUCAACGUCGUGGUCACCGAGGGCUGCCUGAGCAGGUACAGCGGCAUCUUCUCCUUCCUGCUGCAGCUGAAGCUCAUGAUGUGGACGCUCAAGGACGUCUGCUUCCACCUCAAGCGCACAGCGCGGGUGAGCCACGCGGCCGGCUCGGUGCAGUUCCGCCAGCUGCAGCUGUUCAAGCACGAGAUGCAGCACUUCGUGAAGGUCAUCCAGGGCUACAUCGCCAACCAGAUCCUGCACGUCACCUGGUGCGAGUUCCAGGCCAGGCUGGCCUCGGUGGGCGACCUGGAGGAGGUCCAGCGCGCCCACGUGGAGUACCUGCACAAGGCUGUUUUCAGGGGCCUGCUGACGGAGAAGGCGGCACCCGUCAUGAAUGUCAUCCGCAGCAUCUUCAGCCUGGUCCUCAAGUUCCGCAGCCAGCUCAUCUCCCAGCCCUGGGGCCCGGCCGGCGGCCCCCGCGGCCCCGAGCACCCCAACUUCGCCCUCAUGCAGCAGUCCUACAGCGCCUUCAAGUACUACUCCCAUUUCCUCUUCAAAGUGGUGAGCAAGCUGGUGAACCGCGGCUACCAGCCGCACCUGGAGGACUUCCUGCUGCGCAUCAACUUCAACAGCUACUACCAGGACGCCUGAGGCCUGUGCGCGCGGCCCGUGUGGCAAUAAAGGCGCCGCCCACCCUG